AUUAAAUUUAAAUCAAAUUUAUUGGGCGCUUGUAAACUGAGUACAACGGUAUUUUAUCUGUCGAUGAAUUUUGAUGAGAUUCAUUUUACAUUAGGAUAUCUUGAUAAAUCAGCUGAUUGCAUUGUUGGUUAAGAAACUUUGUUGAAGAAACUUUCUUUCUUCACGCUACAAUAUUAGGCUUUCUACAUUAAUUCCGAUCAUACAUCUAAAAAUUGGCAACGCGGAAAAAGUCAAAGCAUUUUUUGUUGUUUACAUAUUUAAAAAAAUACAUAUGUUACUUUAUUGUGAAUAAUAGAGACGUGCAAAAUAUCGAUUAAUAUCGUACAACAUUAAUUUUGGCAAGUAGAAAAUAGUUAAAAUAAAUUUAAAAGAAGCAAAACAAACUAAAAAGGAUGGGUAAACGAAAAAAUCAAAUAAUGAUCGAUUCUGAUGCUAGUGGGAAUGAAUCUGGAACAAAUUUAGAAUCGGAGCUACUAUCACUCUCAAGGAAAACGAAAAAACCACGCAGUACUCAAGGUGUAUUAGGGUCAGAAUCUGAUUCAGACUGGAGCAAAAAUAAAUCAAAUGUUUCGGCUGGGCGAAAAAAGAAACGAACGAAAAAAAUCAGUAAAAGUUCUGGUUCAUCAGAGGAAGACUGGGAUGCGGACAGUGAUGCCGAAAGUUUUAGUGCUGAAAAUAUGCCACAAACGAAACAAAGCCCACCAAAAGAGGACGUUUCAUCCAAAGCACUUAGUGAACAAGAAGAAGGGGAAGUCAUCGAUAGUGACGAUGAGAAUAAUAGUAAUUCUAAAAAUUCUUCAGACAAUAGUUCAAAAUCAUCUGGUUCUUCAAAUGAAUAUAGUAGCUCUGAUUCUGAAUUUAAUGAUGGAUACGAUGAAAAUUUGAUGGGAGAUGAAGAGGAUCGAAAACGUUUAAACGGGCUUUCUGAAAAGGAACGUGAGACUGAAAUUUUUAAACGAAUAGAACAAAGAGAUCGCUUACGUACACGUUGGGAAAUCGAACGUAAAUUAAAGCUCGCUCGACGUGGAGAAAAAGGAAACAAAGUCAGAACUGAUGCAAUGAAGAAAAAAUCUAAAGACAAAAAGAAAAAAAAAGAGAUGGAAAUGAAAGCAAAAGAAAAGAUCCCAGUAAGUACAGCAGCAACAAAUGUCGUUGAGGAACCGCCAAAACCAACAACAACUUCUUCCACUACCGAAAUUUUAAAAAGUGAAACAGUAUCUGUAGAUCAAACAAAUAAAGUACUUAAUAUUGAAAAAGAUGUCCCAUCAGAUGAAGGAGCUCAAGGUACAGCUGAUUAUUUUGAUCAUAAAGAGAGAUCAAAAGAAAGAAAAAAGAAUGUCGAAGCGAAUCGUACAGAUGAUAAAAGGAGCAAUGCUAUGGCCUUAUUGAUAGCGAAGAGAGAAGGAAAAGCAAAGCGUGAGGAGGAAGAGGCACGAAGACAAGCAGAGCGUGAUCGUGAAGAAGAAAAAGAAGAAUUAGAAAGUGUGUCAGGUGGCAAGUCUGCUGUUAAACUGAAAGCUUCUGAAAUUUAUUCUGAUGAUUCGGGAAGUAGUGAUUGGGAUGAUGAAAAACCUGCAGGAAAAAGAUCACGAUCAACCAGCGUUAGUAAGGAUUCUAGCGAAUCGGAAGAAGAAGAGAAAGAUGUGAAAAAACUAGAAUAUAUAAAUACUAGAGAGGAUUUAAAUAAAUUACGCUUGUCUCGUUUCAAAAUGGAACGUUUUGUUAAUUUACCAAUUUUCGAACCAACGGUAAUUAACUGCUUUGUACGAAUUAGUAUUGGUAAUAAUGGUCAAAAGCCUGUUUAUCGAGUUGCUGAAAUUGUGGGAGUAGUUGAGACCGCAAAAGUUUACACUCUCGGAAAGACUCGAACUAAUCGUGGACUACGACUCAAACAUGGUACACAGGAACGAGUUUUCCGUUUGGAAUUUAUAUCCAAUCAAGAAUUCACAGUAAACGAGUUUGAAAAAUGGCGAGAUAUGUGCGCUCAACAAAAUGUGACUAUGCCAACAAUUGACAUGAUAGAUCGUAAGCAACAGGACAUAAAGAAAGCUUUAAAUUACGAGUACAAAGACGAAGAUGUUGACAAAAUAGUUGAAGAAAAAAAUCGUUUUCGUAACAGGCCAACUAAUUAUGCAAUGCGAAAAACUUGUUUAAUGAAAGAACGUGAUGCUGCAAUGUUAAAAGGUGAUUAUGAUGUAGCAUUGGAUCUCGGUCAGCAAAUAGAAGAACUUGAGACCAGAGCAUCAGAGUUAGAUAAGAAACGUUCAAGUAGCCUCAGUUUAAUUGCGUAUAUUAAUGAUCGUAAUCGAAAACGAAAUGUUGAAGAUGCUGAAAAAGCUAUAAGAGAAGAAGCACGUGCUAAUAAGGGUAUGAAAAUAUCAGAUCCAUUUACCAGACGAAUUACACAACCUCGUAUGGGAUUUAAAUCCAACGAGAAGAAGGACGAUGAAACAGUAAGUGAGCCAUCACAUAAUCAAGACUCUCAACCUAUGAAGAAAAAACCAGAUGAAAAUGGGGCAAGCAGCUCUAAAACGGGAGAAUCUAAAGAUUACAAUCUAUAUUCACUACAUGAUUUUGAAAUAGAUUUAGAAGUUACUGUUCCAGUGAGCUCAGUUAAUGUACUACCUAAACCUACUCCUAAGAUGAAUGAUGUCGUUCCGAAGCGUUCAUUAAAUUUAGAAGAUUAUAAAAAGAAACGUGGUCUCAUAUAAAGUGACAUGAUAUAUUGGAUCAUUAAAAACAAUUUCUAGAAUUAUUAAAAAAUUUUAAACAAGAUUUAGAUAGAAAUACACUCUUUUAAUUAACUCUUUUUUAAACUUUAA